UCUGGAAACAAUUGAGGAGGGAGAGGAAGAGAGACCGUCGAAGAAAGAGAGAGGUGAAUAUUUGUUAACGAAAGAAAACACAGAUAGGGGGAAUCUUUCCAUUUGGAAAAUUACAUGCAUUCAAUACAGAGUUCAGAAUCGGGGAAGAGAACAAGCUAACUGGAGAAAGCGGGCAGGCACAAUCUACCAGUGAAGAACAAUAUAGAGGAAGAGAAGACAGGAAAGCUGAUUGAAAAGCCUGGCUGGUUCAGGGAUCAGUCCGAAGGAGAUCUAAAAGGAAAACUGAGUAAAGAUCAAAACCAAGAAGUGAAGGAGCGGGGAGUUACCAAGAGAAGGGUGACAAAGACAGACAGAAAGGGCUGAAACUCAUCUUCAGGAUGUCAGUGUCUCGGAGGUGUCUGUGCUGUGUCAAAUAUUUGAUGUUUGUCUUUAACCUCAUCUUCUGGCUAGGAGGAUGUGGCUUGUUCGGUGUUGGAGUCUGGUUGUCCUUCACGCAGGCAGAGUUUUCCUCUCUUCCCCUGUCCUUUCCGUCCCUCUCAGCUGCCAAUCUGCUGCUGGUUGCCGGUGGCAUUACCAUGGUGACCGGCUUCCUGGGUUGUCUUGGAGCCCUGAAAGAGCAGCGCUGCCUGUUGUUCAUGUUCUUUGUGAUCCUCUUACUCCUGGUCAUGACAGAGGUGACUCUAAUGCUGGUUAUACACAUCUUCCAUGACAAGCUGGAUUCCAAAGCACAAGGUGAAUUAAAGGAAGGUAUGAAGAUUUAUAAUUCAGAACCUGGACUGAAAAAAUCCUGGGACAAUGUCCAGAAAAUGUUCAAAUGCUGUGGAGUAACAAACAAAACAGACUGGUAUGAUGUGCUGAAUGGAACACUGCCCUCAUCCUGUUGCUCUGUGGGGACAGACCAGUGUGUUGAAGGAUGGAGUGAGCCAUGUUAUCAGAAAGCCAGGCAGUGGCUGCUGGAUAACAUCCCCUCAGUCCUGGUGUUUGGAGUGUGUAUCGGUGUUGUGCAGAUCUUGGCCCUGGUGUUCUCCAUGCUGAUGUACUGUCAGAUUCUGUGCGCUGAGAAACACUUGGACUGACUGCAGACCAGCUGCUCACUGGCCCCUGAUGUGAAGGCUCAUCCUCUGAAAUCUCUGCCAUACACCCCUUCAAUAUGAUCCGAACAUUCAAAAGACUGUAAUGAUCCAGUGUUUAUUUUGGUUUCAGUCCUGAAAUAGGUGCCUUAUAAAUCCCUUAAGAUUCCCCAAAAAACUCCUGUAACACUAACAAAGAUCAGUGGGUGCACUGACACUGGUGGUACAGAAAGCCAGUAGUAACAGACUGAAGAGGUUGGUUGUCUUUGUACCAGCCAUAGAAAUGUCAGAUCAUCAAGUUUUCAUUUUAGAAUCCAUUGGCCUCCAGACAAAACAAAUUAAAAUAAUCUUGAUGCAUUGCUCCUGCAGAGUAACCUGAGGGGAAACAUGAGUCCAAUGUUAUUUUUAAAUUCUAUUUUUAAAAGACACAUUUUGCUCUCUCCAUAUUUUACAGUAUUUUGUCUCCACAGUUGCUCAUUUUAGAUUGUUUUUAAUGUGGAGGUGUGAAAUUUUAAAAGUUAUAUUAUGUGAAACAA